UCGGUUGUCAAAGAGGGAGGUGAUUGGUGGCUUUAUAUCGCGUAGACCGUUUCUUGCUACGGAACGACAUAGCCGAUCGACUGAAAACUGUAUAAAUCGGGAACGGAAGUGUCGGAAUAUAUCGGUAUCAUCAUCAUUUGUGGUAGAAUUUCAUCCUAUUUCUAUUGAGAAGAUGUCAGACAAUGAAGGAAUGGUUUACGAAGAGGAUGGUGACAUCCAAGAUGAAGGUACAACGGAAAUAGAAUAUCUUGAGUCUGAGAUGCAAGAAAUCAAACCUGUGUAUGUGAAAGAAGAACAUAACGAGAAAAGAUACUCACUAGGAGAGAGAACAAAAAAAACAGACAAGUCUCUAACAAAAGACACAACACAAAAAAACCGUUUUAUUCCUAUACGACCAAAACCUUAUCCUAGUGCUCUGAUAAUCAAGCAACAGACAGGUGAAGAUUUAUCCGCAACCAGUGUACCUGUGUUGCCACAUCACAUUAUCGUAACUAUCCCCAGCAAGGAUAAAACACAAUAUAUCUUCCCUACUAAUGUUAGCCUCAAUAAGAACAUCAAUGAGAAGACAAUUAAAUUGAAUGGUGACACUAAAAUUGUUCCAGUAAAGACCAGAGUUCAAACUAAUGAGAAAGUAAUCAAAAAGUCAUGUCAAAGCAUUGCAACAAAUAAAGUUGUACAUAAUGUUAAUAAGGCAUCACCAGUAUCUAGUAAGGACAGCAUUGAAUUAUUUUUUGAGAGUAUGGCACAAAGUGUGUUAAAUCUGCCUCAGAGAGUACAAGCAAACAUUAAAAUGAAAAUCUGUCAAGUAGUCACCAUGGCAGAGAUCAAGUAUAGUAAUAAUAACAAAACAAAAUCAAGACCUACUUAAACUUAAAAAAUGUGUAAUUAAGCUUGCAAUGCAAUCUCGCAAUACAGCGCGAAAAAAAACAUCGUAGGCUUUAGUUAUUAACUGAAGAUCAUUACUAAUCUUAUUUCAAGUUAAAAAUUGUAUUAGAGUUAAAAACAUUAUCAUAUUUAAAUUAAAUACAUUUGUUAAAUAU